AUGACAGAUUAACUAUUUGUCGGUUAAUUGUAGUAGAAAGUAGGAGAACUGAAAACAGAGUAUGAUUUACAACGCAGUAUAAAGGAUAACACUAUAAAUGCCAAAAUAGUAUAUAAUAGGUUGAUAUAAAUAGCAACGUUCAAGAGAUAAGAUCUGUGAAAUUUUAAGAAGGGUCUAGGGAAGAAGACCAAAAGUUUAGACAGAAGAAAGUGAAGAAUCAAUAGAUUGCAUGAUUCUUGAAGAAAAGAAACCAUAUGAAAGUAAAUAUAAUGAGGAGGUGUUGUAAAGAAGACAUUACAUAUUCUAAUUCAAAAUGUAUUUACGUAGAAAAAGGUAUAAUUUUAUUCAUUUUAAUAAAGAGAACGCUUAUAGAGAGAAUAAGAAUUCAAACUUUUAAAGUUAUUGGAUUAACAGACAGAAGCUCUUCAAAAAUGGGUGAUAAGGGAUCCAAAUGAUUUAGAUAUGUUCGAUUUCUUUUUUACUCAAAUAGAUCCACAUCGUAAAGGAUAGGUACAUCACAUUUAGAUCAAAAAUUUUAUGUAUGACAAUCCUUUAAUAAUGACAUUAUUUUAAUUUGAUAGAUAAUCUCUCUCAUUGGCAUUAGAUUCUUUUCCAGUGAAGGAAAGAUUUCAUUUAAAUUAAGAUGAAUUCAUUUAAUUUUUAUAGAAGUAUUAGAAAGUUAAACCAGAGAAAGGUUUUAGAGAGUAUGUACAUUUAUUUGAUCCAAUUCAUAAAUAAGUUAAUCUAUUUGAAAAUACACCUCGAAUUUUAUUAUUAGAAGAUAUCUCAAGAAUGAAAGAGUCUUUUGAUUAAGUAAGUGAUAAUGGUUUGGUUACAAUAGAUAAUGCAAUUAAAGCAAUUCGUUAAAAUUGUGAAUUGUUUGAAUAUGCAGUACAUAUUGUCAAUUUAGGUUUAAAUUUAUUAUUAGAAAGUGUCUUAUAAUAAAUAGAGGUUGGAUAUUUGAACAAUCCUGAUGAAUAGAUAUCAUGGAAUUAAUUUAUGUAUUUUUUUGAUAAUCUUCCAAAUGAUUAAGAAGAAGAGCAAUAAUCCUAUUAAAAGGAAGAUUCUAUAUAAUCAGAGUCAUCUGAUGAUUAUUUUUAUUAGAUGACUGCAAAAUAAGAAAUUCCUCCACCUCCAGAACCUGAAAAAAAGAAAGUUAGAAAACGAUCACUUCCUAGGAAACCAUUUUAAGAGAUAAAUGUGGAAAAGAUGUAAUUUACUGUACCGAAGAAAACAGGAUAAGAAAAGAGAGAAGUGAAUAAACAACCUAGUAUUAGAGAAAAAUGGGUUAUGGAAUAAGUUAGAUAAAAAUAAGAAGAAAUUGAAGAAGCUUAUAAAUUUAGACCAUUUAAAGCAAAAGCUAUUCCUUAUAAAGUAAAGGAUAAGAAUUAUUAUAAUGAAUUAUUGGAAAGGGAAGAGAUAAGAAGAAGAGAAUUAAAAGAGAGAUGUAAAGAGAAGACUUAGACUAUGUAGAAACCUUUUAAUUUUGAAGAUAGAAAAAGAGAAAAACCUAUCAAAUUACCAGAAGAUGAAGAAUAACCAUUUAAAUUUAGAGCCAAUCCUAUUCCUUGGUAUUGCUCUUUAAAAUUAUAUGAAAGAAAUAUAUAAGAAUAAAAAAUUAAAAGUGAUAAUAGAAAAAAAAUUAGAAAGUUUUGGUUAUAAGAAAAUUCAAAAUUACCACCUCGUAUGUAAGAAUGGAUUGAUAAAAUGAAAAUAAAAGAAUUAGAUAAAUAAUAAGAAUAAUUAUUAAAAUCUCUUCAUGAAUCCCCAAGAAAAGUAAGAGCUAAAUCUAUUCCUAAUUUUAAUAAAUUACAUGAUUAAUUCUAAAAGUAAUUGGAAAAAAAGAAAAAAAAAAUUAAAACAACUACUCCUAAUGGUCCUAAAUUUCAUGAAAGUAAAAAGAAAGUUUAAAGAGAUUAUUUGGAUGAAAAAUCAAUUAUAAAAGAGGAUCCAUUGAAAAAAGCCAAAAAAGCAAUGUCAAAGAAACCCAAGAUUUAACCAAGAUCAACUGAUAAAUUUAAUUCUUAUGUUGAUUACAUAUUUACAAUGAAAUAAAAUCAACUUGCUCUUGAUUAAUAGAAUGAUGAGGAAUAAAAAUAAAGAGAAGAUAAAAAAUAGUUAUUUAGACCAAGAGUACAUUAAUCUUGGGCUAUCUAAGAUCAUAAUCAAAUAUAAUAUGAAAGAUAAUAAUAAAAAUUUAUUGAACAAUAUUAAAAGAGAAGAUAAGAAGAAGAAGAUUUUAAUAAUAUGAUGAAGGAAAUCUUUGUUAGAGUAUAUCAAAGACCUUUAUUAAUGGAAGUUGAAGCAGCCAAAAGUCAAUAAUAACCUUAAGAAGAAUAAGAGUAAUAAGAAUAAUUUGAUUAUAUGAAUCCUAUUGGAGAGCAGGAUGUAGAGGAGUCAGAAAGAAUAUCAUAAUAAGAUCCAGAAGGUGUAGAUUAAGUUGGAGAAUAAGCAGAAUAAUCAUUGAGAGAAUAUGAUGGAUAAGAAAUUGAUGGAGAUUACGAUGAUUAAAUUGAUAUUGAUAAUUUAGAUCCUAAGUUACUUGAAAAAUUAUAAAAAGAUGCUAUAGGUAUAUUUUAAUAUAAGAAUUCUAGCUAAAUAAUAUGGAUUAACAGAGGAAUAAAUGGAAUAAAUUUAGAAAAUGGGAGGAUUCGAAAAUGUUUAAGAUAUGGAUUAUGAAGAUGAAGAUGAUGAAGAACAAGACGAUUAAGAAGAACUAUAAAAUCCCCAUUAUAAACGCCAUUCAUUCUGA